AUGUUUCUAGUGGCGUUAUUUAUAUUACUACAAAUAUUAUGCGUUGUCUAUUAUUUUUUACCAUUAAAACAAGAAAAAAGUUUAGCUAAUUUAAUAACACCAAUACUAUUUAUUUUUACAUCGGAUAAAUUAUUAUUGAAAGAAUUAAUUCGUGCUUGGUUACAUUUUAUUAUUGUAUUAGCCUCAUUUAUUGCAAAUUGUUUUGCUGAAAAAUAUGAUUUUCCCAAAAUACCUGGCAAAAAGUUACAUUUUGGUGGGUUAAUAAGUUACAAAGGAUCAUUACGUACCAGUGAUUGUUGGGAAUUAAACUCAUCAGAAAAAACUGCUAAUGUUGUUGCUCGUGUUCAAUAUCAGUUAGACAGAUUAAUCCUAGAUUUUUUUAAUGAUCCUUCCAAACCAACAUGGAUGGGUAUAUUUUACGCAUUUUUAUUAGGCGCAAAUGGGUUUUGUCAAACAUUAUUUUUACAAGCAUAUUUUCAGCGACAAUUUACUAUUGGUAUGAGAUUCAGGGCUGCUGCUACGGGUCUUGUGUAUAGAAAAAGUUUAAAACUUUCAAAUUCUUCUAAGCAAACAACUACAACGGGUGAAAUAGUCAAUUUAAUGUCAAUCGAUGCUUCACGUUUUGGCGACUUGUGUAACGCUAAACAAAUGAAAUUAAAAGAUCAACGAAUCAAAACAAUGAAUGAAGUUUUAAAUGGUAUUAAGGUUAGCAUAACUUAUAUGUAACUUUCAGAAGAAAACUCGACUUACAGAUGACUGCGAUGGUGCUUGAAUCUUCCCACACAAAUGUAGACAGCUUUGCUAAGGAUAGUCCUUCUGCACUUUCACAAGCAUGAAAUAUUGACACAUGCCUUGCAAACAGAUUGACGGACGAAAAAGUAGAUUGAAACAGCUCAGCCUUUGGCACAUUUUUACUUAUUUUCGAAUUUUAUGCCGGUUUGCCAUUCUUACGUACAAGGGGUCGUCAAUGACGACUUCUCAUAACAAGGCCGAACAGGUGAAAUAACAAAUUUUGAGAGAUUAGGCAAGACAGGAUAUGAAAAGCCGAAAAAUUCGUGCUGUACUGAUAGACACAUAGUAUGGAAAGGAAUUCCUUUUGUAUUUCUUUCCCCGUAUGCUUUCGUUUUUUUAACCACCUUCGGCCAAAUUUUCGCCUAAAACGUUUUUCGAUCGUAGGAUGGGGAGACCCCCCCCUCCUGCUUUCGAAAACUUUUGCUUUUCCCGCAGCAAAAUAUGAUAAAGCUUCUUUUCCUGCGUAGUAGCAGUAAAAAGAAACAUUAUCGAAGAGGAAAAUUUUAACUCACUAGGUUCUGAGGGUCAAGGUUUUUCUUUUAUUCUGAUUAGUUGAGAAUCGUGUGCAAUCGUUCAGAGAAGAGAAAAAACAGAAAAAUCGAUCGUUUUCCGUCUCUACUCCUUUCUGAAAAUUAAUGGGCAUUUUGCUUCACUUUUUGUUUCACCUGUAUUCAGUGGCUGCGGCCAGCACCGAAAAUUUUGAUUUCAUCCCUAGAGAAACUUCUACCCAAGAUUUUGGGAACAGAAAUUUCAAGAUGUUGCAAGAGCUUGAGUGGAAAAUUUUCUUUACAUUGUGUUUUUAUUUAUGAAAAUCAUAGCCAACGGACACUCGACCAUAUAGAAUCAUAGGUUCUUCCUUAGACAACCAUGUUCAAGAAGGAAAAAAGUCGAAAAUAUGCUAACGAGGGAACAUUCCCAAGUGAUACGCUCCCUUUCGAUUCAUUCAUAUCUCAUUCAAUAGAGUAUAUUGAGGUAAGAAAAAGGCUAAAAGGAUCUGUGCUCUUGACUCUUGAAGACCCAGUUUUCUGGAAAACCAGUUUUUCAGAAACUUUAAAGAAUAACCAAAACCUUUUCUUGAUGAU